CUGACUGCGCGUGCGCCGCUUCUGGGCGGGGGGGCGGGCGGCCAUGAGGCGGGCGGCGGGGCGCCGUGUGGGGAGCGGCGGCGGGGAGGAGGUGAUGGGCCCGGCGGCGGAAGAUGAAGCUGAGCUGUCGUUGGAAGAACGGCUGCGGAUGCAGAGCGCGGCCGCAACGAGAGCGUGCCGGCAGCUGGGCAAUGGGAAGAAAACAGCACAGUCUGGCAAAGCCCCGGUGAAGCAGCAGCUGAACAAAAAGGGGCCGGUGGAGAUGUCUGCCAAGAAACCCAUGCCUUUUCUGCGACAAGUCGUCCCUGUGACAAAGAAGGUCCACAGAGACCCUCGAUUUGAUGACCUGUCUGGAGAGUAUAACCCUGAAAUAUUCAUGAAGACCUACAGCUUCCUGGACACCAUCAAGAAGCAGGAGAAGGAGAUGGUUCAGAAGCAGCUGAAAAAGUGCCGGAAUGUGGAGCAGAAGGAGAAACUGCAGCAGCUCCUGAACCGCAUGACACAGCAAGAACAGGCACAGAAAAAACAGCAAAAACGGAGGGAAAGGGAGCUGACUUUGAAGAGGCAACAGCGGGAGCUGGCCAAGCAGGGAAAGAAACCUUUCUUCCUGAAGAAGUCUGAGAAGCGGAAAUUGGAGCUAGCAGAGAAGUAUGCGGAGCUAAAGAGGAGUGGAAAGCUGGAGAGCUUCCUGAACAAGAAAAGGAAGAGGAAUGCUGUCAAAGAUAAGCGCCGUUUGCCCUCACAGAAGAACUUGUGACUGCUGCACAGAUAUGCUGUUAGCUGGAGAGGUGGUGCUGGCGCUGGGAUUCACUGUGGCCAGGCUGGAAGGCAGGCUCUCUUCUCCCUUUCUGCCUUCCACUGUACAGUGAUGCUGUUAGGCAGCAAAGUCUGAACAGGAAAAAAAUGUGCUUUCGGUAGCUGGAGACGCCUGCACUUGUGUUUUACAUCGUGCCUGGGUGGUGACAAGUCUGUCAUGCAGAUGCAUGAGGUGCUGAUUGGUUUCUGUCCUUGCACCUGCUCUUCCUGUAGCUAGGAGAGCCCAGGCUGUGCCCUGUACUGCUGGCUCUUCUCCACGUCUUACUGGGUCCCAAUGAAAAGGGUAUCAGGUGGGAGGGCAAUGAUCCAGUGUGCUCAGAGCAGGGCCAGCACUGCAUUCAAACCAGGAUGCUCAGAGCUUGCUUGCUUCAUAAGGGUCUGCAAAUGUACAGGGACAGAGGGCACGACUGUUCUGGACCCCUGUUCCACUGCUUCAAGUUCUCAAGGUGAAACUCCUUUUUCCUCCAGGUAUUUUGCCUGGUUUUGCCUGGUCUGUGAUCUUGUUCUCACUGAAGUGCCUGGCUCUGUCUUGUUAAAAACCUUGUAGUAGGUCUGGAGGUGAGCAGGAAGAGGUGCUCCUAGGUCUCUUUGAAGCCUUCACUUCCCACAGCUGAGUAAAAGCCCUCACCUCCCAGCUCAGUUCUCCAGCCGCCGGCAGCUUUUGCACCCUCAACUGGAGUGAGCCCAAAGAACCAACGUCAGGGGCCAGCUGGGCAGAGUGUCCAAAUGUAGUCUGCCCAGGGUUGAGAAAAAGAGAGAAAUUAGCAUCCUUCUUCAGGGUUGCACCCUGCUGGAGUAGCCCAUGGUGUGGCAGUCCUCCCUCACAGCCAGUGCGUGCAGCUGACUACUCAGGCACUGCUGCCCAGGAUCUCUCCAGCAGGGCUGCCCCCAUCUCAGCCUGUUCUCUAAAGGGCUGCUGGCAUUUCUAGGUAACACUGAUUCUGUAUAAAAUAAAUACCUGCUUUCCUUUA